CUGUAAAUGAUGGGGAGGGGAGGAACGAGAGAGAGGAGAGGCCGGAUUUGAUAGACCGAUAGCGGCAGACGGUGGGGACCUUUGGGGCAUUAUACAGCCUCCCUACCACCCCACACGGGCACUGAUGUGAGACGCCCUCCACACACUGGACUUCCGAACUUCAGAUGUUGAUUUAAGAGGCUGGUGUUCAUGAAGCCGUCCCUCGCCGCCCGGCGCUAACAUUCGCACGGCGGCGCUUCAGCCCGCGACCCUUUUUUUGGGUGUCAAAAUAGAUAAGUUGGGAUAUCUGACGGAGCCUUUGUCCGCCGAGUGAAACGUUACUGUAAGAACGGGAUCUUGCAUUUCCGAGCACCACGAUGUAGUCUCGGGGUAACAAACCACCUCUACGACAAACCGUGCAACCAGCCAUACAGACAGCCUAAUGAAUUGGUCCAGCGUACAGCAGAUCUGUGGAUUUCAUUAAAAAUGGGAUUAAUAAAGCUUCAGAACCCCAAUCAUCCCUCGGCACUCCUUCACAAAGCCAACCAGAUGCGACUAUUGGGGACUCUGUGCGAUGUGGUGAUCCUGGUGGAUAGCCAGGAGUUCCACGCACAUCGCACGAUCUUGGCCUGCACCAGUAAGAUGUUUGAAAUUUUGUUUCUGCGCAACAGUCAGCAUUACACCUUGGACUUCCUUUCACCAAAGACAUUCCAACAGAUCCUGGAGUAUGCUUACACUGCCACACUCCAAGCCAAAGUAGAGGACUUGGAUGAUCUGUUAUAUGCAGCAGAAAUAUUGGAGAUUGAGUACUUGGAGGAGCAGUGUCUGAAGAUACUGGAGACUAUUCAGGCAACAGAUGACAAUGAUACAGAGAUGACGGUCACUGAAGAAGAGGAUGGGGGAAAGGCCAGGUUUAACAAGAAUAUAUUGGUUACUAAGCAACUUUCUGGUGAAGAGGCUGGUUACACUACUAACCAGGCCAUGCCAACUGGGACAAUGGAAGAGCAGAGCCCCUCUGUGUCCACGUCAUUUGGACUUUCAGCAAUGAGCCCCACCAAAGCUGCUGUAGAUAGUCUUAUGAGUAUUGGGCAGUCAAUUAUUCAGGGAUCACUGCAACAAGCUUCUGCAGAUGAAGCCUUCUCUGCUGGCAGCAGGCAUCCCAUGAUAACUGAAGUCAAGCAUGAAAUGAUGCAGGUGGAGGAGGAUGCUAGUCCCAAAAUGGGAGAAGUGGGUUCUUUAGGGGGCGAGAAGGUAGCUGAUGCAGAGAGGUACAAGGAAGCCCCUGGUACACCAACGCGAAGCAGCGUUAUCACGAGUGCCCGUGAACUGCAUUACGUUCGUGAAGAGAAUUCUGGAGAGCAGCCUGCUGAAGCUGGGCUUGGGGCACAGGUGGGGAUGGAGAACAACUCCAGUGCGCAGGGUGAGAGACACACCACUUUAUACCCACUUCAAUUCAACCGCAGGACUGACAGCCUCCUGGAGGUGCCAACUUCCCUAUCCUCUGCACUGCACGUGCAGCCCACACUCUCUGUGGCGAUGGACUUCAGUGGGUAUGGAGGGCUCCUGCCUCAAGGCUUCAUUCAGAGGGAGCUUUUCAACAAAUUGGGUGAACUCGCCGUGGGCAUGAAGACUGAGAAUAGAUCUGCCAGUGAGAGGUGUAAUGUCUGUGGCAUAGAACUAUCGGACAACGAAGCCAUUGAGCAACACAGGAAGAUGCACAGUGGAAUGAAGACCUAUGGGUGCGAACUUUGUGGUAAACGGUUUCUGGACAGCUUACGGCUAAGGAUGCAUCUUCUUUCACACUCAGCAGGUGCAAAGGCCUUUGUUUGUGACCAGUGUGGAGCACAGUUCUCCAAAGAAGAUGCCCUGGAAAGUCAUCGACAAACCCACACCGGUACCGACAUGGCGGUCUUCUGCUUGCUUUGCGGGAAGCGUUUCCAGACACAGAUCGCGUUGCAGCAGCACAUGGAGGUGCACGCUGGUGUUCGCAGCUACAUUUGCAGUGAAUGUAACCGAACCUUCCCGAGCCACACAGCACUGAAACGCCAUCUCAGGUCUCACACAGGUGACCACCCCUACGAGUGCGAAUUCUGUGGGAGCUGCUUCCGUGAUGAGUGUACUCUGAAGAGUCACAAGCGCAUCCACACUGGGGAAAAGCCCUACGAGUGCAAUGGGUGUGGGAAGAAGUUCAGCCUGAAGCACCAGUUGGAGACCCACUACCGGGUUCACACAGGAGAAAAGCCCUUUGAGUGUAAACUGUGCCAUCAACGGUCCCGGGACUACUCGGCGAUGAUCAAACAUCUCCGCACCCAUAAUGGGGCCUCCCCCUACCAGUGCACGAUAUGCUUGGAUUACUGCCCUAGCCUCUCUGCUAUGCAGAAGCACAUGAAAAGCCACAAACCUGAGGAUAUUCCACCAGACUGGAGAAUAGAGAAGACUUAUCUCUAUCUGUGCUACGUCUAGUCAUCAAAGAGAGAAUAAGGAAAUAAACAGUGCUGUGAACGUGGAGAAGAUUUCUUUUUUUUAAAUUGUUUUGAACCAUUUUCUGUGUUGUGCACAGUAUGCUUGGAUUACCUCGUGUUGUAUGACCUCGUUCAGCUAAUGUUAUUUUUUUUUCCCCAUGCGCUUGUCUCUCUUUAGCCUACAACCUUGAGCCAUUUAAGUGUGUCAGGCAGUGGUAAAAGGGUUAAGUACUUAAAAGACUGCAAAGUGCCAGGGCAGAGAAAGCAAUUUAUUUUCAAAUUUAUACGAGUAUGUGGUCAUUACCAAAACUGGUAUUUUUUUUGUUAUAUGGUUUUUUUUAAAAGAAAUAAUGACCCUGCCUGAUUUGGCCAGGGUCGAAAUUUAUUCCAAAAGCUACCUCUUUAUUUUAUUUUGUCAAGUUACUAAAGCACAGUUGCAGUAUUUUUGUUUCUUAUUGUUGCCGGGAUCGUUCAUCUCAUGCUUGUUGCUGUUUGCUGUUUGUAUUGGCAAGAUUACAGCGCCUACAUGUAAAGGGGUUGUGGGAAUGUAGCUAACGAUAGGGGAGGGGGUGGGAAC